UUCACUCUUAUCUCUGUUAUCGCCGUGGGGCGGGAACUAUAAGCCGCCCACCUUUCUGUUCCUCUUUUGUUCUUUAUUUAUUUUUCUCCUCCUUUCCAACUCUAUUCUCUAAACCACGGUCUUCGUCUGUCUCCGUAUAUGUGUGUUAUUGUGCGAGGGCAUUGGCUAACGGUGGACGGGCAAAAAGUGAAAUAUUUUUAUCUAUAGUUUAAAAUUUGUAUAUUUUGGGAUCUUCAGGUUUCUGUUGUUUGGUACGUGUCCUUGUAACUUCAGGGUUUGUUGCAAUUGACUUCUCCGGUGGUAGAGGAAAUGAGCGGUGCCUUUAGUCUACUUGAGUCAUGGCAAAUCCCUUGGACCAUAUUUUUUUCAAGAACCUUCCAAUUUUCAAGAGGCUUUUACGAGAUGCAGAGUUCAACUAAACGUCAGACCUUGUGCUUUUGUAGAAACAUGCAGACUGUCACUUGUGAGGUCGUCAAUGCAAGCUAUGUACCCACCCCCGAAACUAAACCCAAGGAUAAAUCAUCACCAAAAGUGGAAACUAUUGGUGCAUUUCAGAAGCUGCCUAUGGUGAUGCCAUCAAUUGAUAUGUUCCAUUCUGCAUUGAGGAAGGCUAAGAGGACCUUGCCUACAAAAGGCAUUGCCAACAUUGCAAAGAGAGAAAGAAACAGAGGUGCAAAGCAACUUGAUGCACUGAUGAAAGAAUUGGCAGUUCCAUUGAGAGGGUACAUAGAAAAUUUCCCCAAAAGAAUGUACUUGCAUCCUUAUGAGCAAUCUCUUAUUGAAUUGACACUUGGGGAUGGAAAUUAUGAAAAGUCUUUAUCAAAAAAGGAAGCAGAGAAACGACUAACUGAGUGCAGGGUUCGGAGAAACUUCAAGAAAUUUUCAAAUGUGAAGGAAAGGCUGUUGAUGACUUAUUGUCUAUUGCCAAGGAAUCAUGGUACUCUGCCUUUGAAGUUUGGAACAUUAAUUUGCUAUUUGCCUAUGACUUUGCGGGCCAUGCCAACUGUGGAUCUAGAAAUGCCGACUUUGUGUCUUGUUGGAGCACCAAAUGUGGGGAAGUCAUCAUUGGUUCGUAUGCUCUCGACAGGAAAGCCUGAGGUUUGCAACUAUCCUUUUACAACAAGGGGAAUUCUGAUGGGUCAUAUUACUAUAAACUUCCAGCAUUUUCAGGUGACAGACACCCCUGGCCUGUUGAAGAGAUCUGAUGAAGACAGGAAUAAUUUGGAAAAGUUAACACUUGCUGUGCUCUCGCAUUUGCCAACAGCAAUUCUUUAUGUUCAUGAUCUAUCAGGAGAGUGUGGUAUCUCGCCGUCUGAGCAGUUCAUGAUAUAUAAAGAGAUCAGGGAAAGGUUUGAAAAUCAUUUGUGGCUUGAUGUUGUCUCAAAAUGUGAUCUGUUGCAAGAAUCUCCUGUAGUCUUCAUCACAGAAGAUGGAGAAGCCGAUCAUCUUGAAUUGGCAAAGUAUCGGAAAAUAGGCCCCAAAGGUGCGAUCCGUGUAUCAAUAAAAAGUGAAGAGGGACUGAAUGAGCUGACAAAUAAGGUGCAUGAGCUGUUGAUGGCUCAGAUGGGCAGGAUCAGAAGUAAAAAGAUCCAAGAUAACAUAGAAGUUGCUUAGAUAAAGGGUUAAUUUAUCUCGACAAUUUCUUGCUUAUAUUGAAGCUUUAUAAUUUGAUUCUGACAGCAAAUGGUUAGUUAUAUUGUCAUUGUGAAGAAAGCAAAAUGAGCACAGCCAACCUAGGAAAAUGGACCAUGGGACUUAAUAUUGCCUUCAAGUAGAUUGAACUUGGAACCACCUCAUUAUUUUGCAGACCCAGUCUUCUGCUCUGCUGGAGGGAAUUUUUUAAGAAAAAGAAAGAUCACACUAUAGGGGAGUAGUUAUGCGAAAUCUUCAAAAGAAUUCAAAGUCAAAAUUGUCGUUUUUCUUGAGUUUGUGUCCGUGUAAAAUGAUUAUUCUGCAGGGAUGGAGUAAUACUAAACCCACCAAUGGUGUUUGAAAGAUAGAAAUUCAUUUGGGUUAAUCCCUCAAAUCGAAAUGCCGCAAUCUCUAGCCGCUCCUUUCUGGCUUUGGUUGGUUAAGUUGGCAAGUAGUUUAGUAUCUUACAAAAGGUUAUUGGCUUUGGUGUGAACACCUUAUAUGCAAACUGGUACCAUGCCAAAAGAGAGAGUCUUUUAAUUUAUAAAAGCAAUUACUAUUUUGAGGAUUAAUUCAAGGAAUCUGUUGUUGGCAUGGCAUCAACCCACUAACAUAUAACAUGCAAAAUCACGGCAAUCUUGCAAUGAAAAAUAUCGGUAGAUGAUGUAACAAGAAGAGCUUUUUCAACGGUUAAUAGAAUUCAAAUUCAAGGUUCUAUGGGAUAUUUUGCCUGUAAAAUCAUUCAAUAUUACUACCUGGAUGAUAUCUCCAUGAUAUUAGAAUUUUCAUCUUUGGAUUGGGUACUCCAAAAGCUCCAG